AAUAAAGUUAGUCUUUUCUUACCAUCCUCAGGACACACAAGUCGAUAGCCCGACAAGAGGUAUCUUUUACUGAGUACGUGAAUUUAGUGUUUUCACUUUUAGUUAACUUUUUUUCAAUUUAAAAAAAAAAUUAAAUAAAACCCUUUUUCUAAUCGUUGAAAAAUCGAAAAAAUUUCCAGCAUUUUAGAGAAAAUAAAGCAACAGCUGAACGAGACGAAGCUCAGAAAUGGCUGAGGAAGAUCCAUGGGCAUUCGACGAGGGUGAUGUGCAGCCAGAGCCCGCAGCACCAGCACCAGCCGCCGGAGAAGCAGGUGGGUCUGCUGAUGCAGCUGGGCGUCCGGAAGAGGAAGUUCCUCAAUCAGGAGACUCGGGAGAAUAUCGAAAACCAAUAACACUUUACAAGCACUGGGUGAGGCCGCAAUUUUUACAGUACAACUACAUGUAUGAUUAUCGAACUAAUUACUACGAUGACGUGAUAGAAUACUUGGAUAAGAAGAACAGAGGACUAAAGCCAACAGUUCCGCGAGCACAAACGUGGGCAGAAAGAGUGCUUAGAACACACACAAGAAUUGAUGACGUUUACAAAUACAUGUCCGAGUUUAGGAGGCAACAUCGACCAAUGGAAACUUACACUCCACCAAAGAAAACUGACAGCAAGUUGAUUCAAACGCUGAGUUCAUCAAUUAAAGGACAUAAUUAUCAUUCAAGGGCCUACAUCAGUCGAAAAUAUUCCAGCAUUUUAUAGACUGGACUACUUUCGGCUACAAAAAAAAGGAAAGAGCGAAAAAGGAGAGAUCACCCUGGAAGUUGUAAUGAUUUAAAAAAAAAAGAAUGUUUGAAUUUUUACAAAACUAAUUAACAUAGGUACACUAAGUACUUAUGCAUGAGCAAAAAGGAAGGAUAUCAACACCAUUCUUUAAAUUUCUCCCACCAUUUUCAUUGUAAAUUUUGGUGAGAAAAUGUGUCUUGACAAAUGGUAAAUGUAAGAACUAAAGGGAUACUAAUUAAAAUCGUCUCAAUUCUCGUCCCUUUCCCCUUCAAUUUAAUCUCAAAAAAUGAGUAUACUUUUUUUUAGAAGUGUUACGGAUAACCCUUUAAAAUAGAUUUAGAAAUUGGGUGAAAAAGUAUACUCCACUUUUACCAUAUUAAGAUAUUUCUUUUUUAGUCAAAUAAAACUUAAAAAAAAAAAUUACAAAUAAAGGACAAAAUGAGAUUAAUGAUUCUUUUAUGUAAUCACUCCAGAAAACAAAAAUUAUCAAAAUAAUUUCUUAACUAUAAACUGCGAAUUUUUGAAUUGAAAGAUUGCUUUAUUACUAAAAAAAAAACGAGACAUGCUUUUAAAUUAAAAAAAAAAACAUUCAAGGAAGGUAAGUAAAAAGAAAAACCAUAAAUAUUCGCCUCUCUUGCGAGUCAACGUUGUCACCUGAACAAUAAAGGAUUGUUUGGUAUUAUGUCAGUCAAUCAAACAAUAAAAAUUACACAAAUAAAA